AGUGCGCAUGCUCGCACUGGGCGGGUCAGAUGGUGUUGGUCAUCAUCACAAAUUGGGCAAAGUUUUUCCCACAACUGUAGUAAAGUUGGUCACAAGACCACUGUUGUUGGCGAGAGGAGGGAAACCAAGAGCCGAGCAGAUCUAACUGUUAAAUGUAACGGAUUCCAUGUUUCUUUAAAAAUCUUUAAAAACACGGCUUAGCCGCUGCACUUUUAUCUUUGGUAUAAUACUGUGAAGAUGGGAAUCCUUCUCUGAGGAAGAGGAUCACUUCGUGGAUUUCGAAAUCAGCCGGCUUGCGUGUAGAAACAACUGAUGAACAAUGGGGCCCUUCACAACACCCAAAAAGAGAGCGGAGGUUGGUUCCGUUGAUCCCUGGACGCCAACCUCCAACCUUAAGAUGCUCAUCAGUGCUGCCAGUCCUGAGAUCCGGAACAGGGAAAAGAAGCUGGGUAUGGACACCAAUGAACGGGACAGUUUAGACCCCACACAGGACUCUGAAAAUGGUGAAGAGUUGGAGAAAAUUAUCAGCAGAAAAGACAAGAGUCUGGGCUUGUUGUGUCACAAGUUUCUCGCCAGGUACCCAGAUUACCCAGAUUCAGCCCUGGCUGACAUCUGCCUGGACGAUGUCGCUACUCAGCUCAAUGUAGAGCGCCGGCGCAUCUAUGAUAUCAUGAACGUUCUGGAGAGCCUUCACAUGGUGAGCCGCUCAGCAAAGAACCGGUACGCCUGGCACGGGCGGACGAAGCUGGCCGAGACGCUGGCCAUUUUGAAGCAUGUUGGCGAGAAGCACAGGUAUGGCCAGCAGAUGCAGCAGAUUCGGCAGCGCAUCAGAGACAGGGCGUUAAUCGACUUUAAUCCAGAGGAGAAGGAGAACAAGGCAGCAGCGGAUAUGGAGUUCGGGGAGCAGAAGGAGCUUUUCUUCGUGGAGCAUCCUAGAGUCGAGUUUAAAGCAGCUUCGGUUAACAGCAGGAAAGACAAAUCUCUGCGGGUCAUGAGCCAGAAGUUCGUCAUGCUCUUCCUGGUGUCGAACCCCCGCGUGGUCAGUCUGGACGUGGCUGCAAAGAUAUUAAUAGGAGAAGACCAUGUUGCAGAUCAGGACAAGAGCAAGUUUAAGACCAAAGUGAGGCGUUUGUACGACAUAGCGAAUGUGCUUCGAAGCCUGAAGCUGAUCGAGAAAUUCCAUGUGACAGAAGCAGGAGGAAGAAAGCCAGCCUUUAAAUGGGUCGGCCUUGUAGAACUUCCACCAGUUAAAGAUUUGGCCAAAUCCUCAGCUGAGUGCCCAUCCAAGAAGAAAAGAGUACUUGAAUCAUCUGUAGAAAACUGUGCCAAAAACCUCUUUUCUUCAUCGGGGGCCAAGCGCAGCUUCACCCGACACCCUUCCCUCAUAAAGCUCGCCAGAAACAUUCAGGACGACCGGCGUAAGAUCAACUCUGCCCCCAGCAGUCCUGCUAAGUGCGUCCUCGGCGAUCCGGAGAACAUGGACUUUUCAAGCAAAAUGGCCCAACUUGCUGCUAUUUGUAAAAUUAAACUUGAUCAGGAAUCAAGACCAAAGGAAACUCCAGAGUCCACUACUACAGAGGGAGACACAGCAACUAAGAGGUUACAGCCAACCGCCCCUGGUCCCAUGGAACCACCAAAGGUGCCACUAUUAACACCAACUCAGGAGUCUGGAGUGCACCAAACUCCACGCACGCCUCUUGCAGGACAGCCUGCUGGCUCGGUCACCUUCAUCCCUGCACAGUGUUCCCGCCUGAUCCCUGUCCUCAUACCUCAGCAGCAGGGGAAUGCGCCCUACGCUGUGUAUUUGCACUCUUCUACCCUCAGGUCAAAUCCUCUGUCCAGGCCUCAGCCAACUAGCCUCGCAGUGCGCUCGAUGACAUUUGAGGACAAGACUGGACAGAGUCCAAACGCCAGGUCUGCAUCUAAGAGCCUAUCGAUCUCCAGGGAGUCUGACAUCAGUCCUUUGAAGCUUAAACGCCAACAUUCAGAUUCCACCUCGGAGAGCAGUCCUUCUAAAACCAAGAAGUCCGAGCCCAACUUCAAGGACAGCUGUCCAAAACUCUCUGAGAUCCUGCAAGCCCGUCUAAAGACGCGCUGUGGCAGCCGACCCUCACCCCGUGCUCUCCACCUGGACCCGGAGUUUAUUAACACCCCCGGGAGCGCUGCAGGCAAUCAGACACUGGAGCACAGCUUGGAGAACCUCCUGGAUAGAGACGACAAGUCAGCAAACUCUGACAGCGAGGCUGAUUUCACACCGGUCCAGGCAGUGCCCCUCACACCUGGACAAAUCCACUCCGAGACUUUAGUACCAGCCGGAUACUUGAUCCCAAUUUCACAGCAGUCUCUCAUCAGCUACAAGGAAUUACAAAGUUCUGGAGAAGAAAGCAACAAGGCCUCAUCUUCUUACAACAUCUACCAAACCCCAACUGCAGGCUCCACACCGGCUGCAGCCCUGGAGGUGACACCCACCAAUCUUUGUAUGAACAAACCCUCAGCUGCUGCCUCCAUCUCCUCUCCGCACGCCUCCCAGCAGCCUCAUCGACUUAACAGUCUGAGUCCCGCAAUCCUGAAUUUCACUCUGCAGAAUCUGGGCCUGAUCUCCAGCCCAGGGAACACUUUUACAUCCUCACAGACUCCAGAACGCUCCGGUGUCCUGCUGAGCCCGUUGAGUCUGCAGCAGAGAAGCACGGUUUUUAUCAUCUGUUCUCCUGUGCCUGUCCAGCAGGGGCUGCCUGGACAACCACUCACACUAAUCAGUGUGCAACAGCCUCUGAUGACUACCCCAAAAGGGACGGGACUCCCUCAGCACAGCUUCUUCCACACACCGGUCCCACUCUCGCCCCUGGCUGCCGUGGUAACCACCAACGGGCAGUCGGCCGCCAAAACUGUUUACAUCCCUCAGAGGAAGCUGGACGUCUCUGCCGAGGACUCCUGAUGUAAAUGUUGGAGUCUGUUAUAAAUGUACUUGUGGGUGGAGGGCUGUCUGUUUGUGUGUUUAGUGUUUCACAUUAUUCCUUACCUCUGAACAUUUCACAGCAUCCAUUUGGCCUUUUGUUAUCACUGUCAGUCAUAAAAAUAGCUGCCAUGCAGACUUUGGCUGAGGCCCAGUGGACUUAUGGAAAACCGAUUCAGAUACCCAGGAACACUACUGCCUGGCUCCAUGUGAUGCUGAUAAGAUGUUUUCCCACGACUAAAUUAAAAAUGUACAUCUUUCUUCAUCGAUUUUCUCAUCUUUUGUUUUCAAUUUUCCUUUGCUUUUAAUAUUCUGGCUUUCCUUUAAUUUAACAAGAUCAGUAAGUUUCAUCAUUGUUAAAGCAGAACUGAGGUUACUUUUGCACAUAUGUACGUGAACUGCUGCCCAUGAACACAGUUCUUAAAUAUGUGAAUAUCUGAAGCAUUCUAAGAAAAAAUUAACAUUUUGAUUGGUUUAAUUUAUAAGAAAACGAUCUUUUGUUUGUGAUGUCUUGUUCUUUGUAAAAUGUUCAAUAAGUUUUAAUGAUUGUUUUGUAAAGAAAACUUGCAUUUUCUUCUUUUAACUUAAUUGAAUAUUGCAUCCCUUGCAACAGACUAACGAUGUAAGGAAUAAAGUGGGUCAUCUGUUAAUCCUCGAUUUAAAUUCAAA